AAUGCACCUUUGUCAAACAGCUGAAGAAAAUAUUGUUCUAUUGUGAAUACAUUCAGCGUAACUCAAUAGAGCUUUCCUCAAAGCAUAAAAUAUAUUAAGGAUCUGAGAGGGGGUGACUGCAGAAACGUGAGAUGAAAUGACAACGUCAACAUUACAGAAAGCUAUUGAUCUCGUCACCAAAGCAACAGAGGAGGACAAGGCCAAAAACUACGAAGAGGCCCUGCGUCUGUAUCAACAUGCCGUGGAGUACUUCUUGCAUGCCAUAAAGUAUGAGGCUCACAGUGACAAAGCAAAGGAGAGCAUACGGGGGAAAUGUAUGCAGUACCUUGACCGGGCGGAGAAACUCAAAGAGUAUUUGAAGAACAAAGACAAACAGGGAAAGAAACCUGUCAAAGAGGCACAGAGCAAUGACAAGAGUGAUAGCGACAGUGAGGGAGAGAACCCAGAGAAAAAGAAACUACAGGAGCAUUUGAUGGGGGCUAUUGUCAUGGAGAAACCCAACGUGCGGUGGAGUGAUGUGGCUGGCCUUGAAGGAGCUAAAGAGGCCCUGAAAGAAGCCGUCAUCCUUCCCAUCAAGUUCCCUCAUCUUUUCACGGGAAAGCGCACUCCCUGGAGAGGAAUUCUGCUGUUCGGCCCGCCGGGCACAGGGAAGUCAUACUUGGCCAAAGCAGUGGCAACUGAGGCCAACAACUCCACUUUCUUCUCUGUGUCCUCCUCAGACCUCAUGUCAAAGUGGCUGGGAGAGAGCGAGAAAUUGGUGAAGAACCUGUUUGAUCUUGCUCGUCAGCAUAAGCCUUCGAUUAUUUUCAUAGAUGAAGUGGAUUCUCUGUGCGGCUCUAGGAACGAGAAUGAGAGUGAGGCCGCGCGCAGAAUCAAAACUGAAUUUCUGGUGCAGAUGCAGGGUGUUGGGAAUAACAAUGAUGGGAUCCUGGUUCUGGGAGCCACUAACAUCCCCUGGGUCUUAGAUGCUGCCAUUCGCAGGAGGUUUGAAAAGCGAAUCUAUAUCCCAUUGCCCGAGGAACCAGCACGGGCGGCCAUGUUCCGCCUGCACUUAGGCAACACGCCCCACAACCUGACGGAAGCCGACCUGCGGCAGCUGGCCCGUAAGACAGAGGGUUACUCCGGCGCCGACAUCAGCAUCAUCGUGCGAGAUGCUCUCAUGCAGCCGGUCCGCAAGGUUCAGUCCGCCACACAUUUCAAGAAGGUGCGAGGCCCAUCUCGCAGUAACAGUUCAGUGAUGGUCGAUGACCUCCUGACCCCCUGUUCCCCUGGCGAUCCUGCUGCCAUAGAGAUGACGUGGAUGGAUGUGCCCAGUGACAAGUUGCUAGAGCCCAUAGUCUGCAUGUCUGACAUGCUGCGAUCGCUGGCGACCACACGUCCCACGGUGAACACUGAAGACUUGCUAAAGGUGAAAAAAUUCACAGAAGAUUUUGGACAGGAGGGUUGAGAAUGUUUGGGUCAGCACAGGCAACGACACACACAUACGCUCCCUCUGCCAUGUCCAAAAAAAAAAACAAAAAACAAACGAACAAAAAACUCGUCCCUGUGCAAAGUCCCUCAUUCAUACAGUUUUCCUGUGUCGAGAAAACCAAAAUAACGUAGAUUCUCAACCAUACAACCCCAGGCUGUCUGAAACUGCCCUGCACUGGGAACUGUGAAGGAGUGCUCCGUAGUGUUUACCUGUUUCUCUGUUCGCCUGCAGUCGUCACAGAGUCCUAAGGUCUGAAAGACGUUUGUCUCGACACUGUAAAUUUAUGAUGUUAAAUAGUUCUGGGGAGGGAAAAAAAAACAGGAGGGCUUAAAAAAGAGCAUGAGGAAAACUGACCUUAGAGAUUGUCCUUAUACGUUUAGCUACGUGCAUUCCUAUGCGCGUUUGGAACGAAUGUGUCACUGUGUGUUUGUGAAUGCGAAUUCCCUAAGUUUGUGUGUCUCUCUGUGUGUGUGUGUGUGUGUGUGUAUUUAAUCCUUGCUUCUCCUGCACCACUCCACACUAGGCAUCAGCCUCUCUGCUUCCUCCGG